AGGAAAAAGAAACAUUACAUAUUCUCUCUUCUCCGCCGGCACUUGCUCUGCUCAAGAAAAGCGAUCCAUCAGGGUUUUAUCGCAGCAUUGUGGAUCACUUUCAGAUGGCGACUUCGGUUCAACCGCCCGUUCCUCAAGUUGUCGGUAAUGCUUUUGUUCAGCAGUACUACCAUAUACUGCAUCAGUCUCCGUCCCUUGUUCAUCAAUUUUAUCAGGAUAUCAGCCAACUUGGCCGUCCUUCUGUUGAUGGGUCCAUGACCAUUACUACUACUAUGGAGGCUAUUGAUGCAAAGAUAUUGUCUCAAAACUAUUCUGAGUUGACACCUGAGAUUAAGACUGUGGAUGCACAAGAAUCUUGUAAUGGUGGUGUUCAUGUUCUUGUAACGGGUUGUCUGGUGGGGAAGGACAACGUAAUUCAGAACUUCACUCAAACCUUUUUCCUUGCGACACAAGAGAAAGGGUACUUUGUCUUGAAUGACAUGUUACGCUACACAGGGGAUGCAAACAAUUCGACUGAAAUCACUGUCUCCUCCAAUAAUGUGGUGGAUAGAUCAGCAUCAGCUCCACAACAAGUUCCUUCUCCUGUAGUGGAGAGUGAACAGAUUGUUGUUCCAGUAAAUGUGGAAACUUCUGUAGACGCUGCUGAUAAUGGAGAGGUAGUGGUUGUAAAGGAGGAGGUUCCCGUUGCUAAAGUUGUGGUUGAAGUACCAAAUGAGCCUCUGAAAAAGGUUGUAUCCGACUCCAAAGUCCAGGAGCCAAAGAAGUCUUAUGCUUCCAUUGUCAUGGUCAUGAAGGGAAAUGGACCAGCUAUUUCAUCUCCUACUCCUGCUCCUCGUAAAAUCGCCCCUAAGAUCCAAGAACAGCAGGCCAAUCUUGUACAAGCAUCAGUUUCAGCAGCUGAAAUUCCCUUGUCUGGGCCAGGUGCUGCUGAAGAUGCGAAUAACCAAGAGACUGAAGCUGAUGGUUACUCAAUUUACAUCAAGGGCCUGCCUUUAACUGCAAACCCUGGCCUUCUUGAGGAAGAAUUCAAGAAGUUUGGAACAAUUAAAAGUGGUGGGAUUCAAGUUAGAAGUAAACAAGGGUUUUGUUUUGGCUUUGUGGAAUUUGAGGCUGCCUCUGCAGUUGAAAAAGCAAUUGAGGCUUCCCCAAUAACGAUUGGUGGGCGUCAGGUUUUUGUCCAGGAAAAGAUGUCCAACAAUAACUCCCAUGUCAACAAUAGGGGAGGGAGAUUUCAAGGAGGAAGAAUGUCUGGAUUUAGGAACGAAGGACCAAGAGGAGGAGGAGGAGGGCGAGGGAACUAUGGUAGAGGAGGAGGUUAUAAUAAUUCAAGAGGUGAUUUCAAUGGUAGGAAUGAUUUUGGUAACAAUAAUAAUAGGGGUGGCAAUUGGGGAGGUUUCCCGAACCGAGGUGCUGGUGGUGGUGGCAAUAAUGGAAGCCGUGUAAAUCAUUCUGGCGGGUUUAAUGGUGGUGGUGGUGGUGGUGGAGAAGCUAAAGCCACAACCGCCAUGCCCCAUGUUUCUGCAACAGCUUGAGAAACUAACCAUCAACAUCAAAGCAUCAGGUUUUGUUUUGGUUCCCCCCAUUUUGUAGUUGGGAGGCAUUGAAUAGUGUCAUUUUGUGACAGAUCAUAUCCUAUUUUGGAUAUGCUGUCGGAAAAUUUUCAAGAAUAUUAUUAUCCUCACUCAUUUUUCUUUUAUCCCUUUAGAGAUUUUUGUUUUUGUUUUUUAUGGAUCUUGUUAUUUUUUGGGGUGGGGUUUAUUAUUAUUAUUACUAUUAUUAUUAUAGAUUUAAUUGAUUUGGAUUUUGAUGUCUUUAACUUUGAAGACGAGUUCAUUAAUUCAUGUUGCUAUUAUUGCUCA